AUGAAGCUUGACGUAGCUUUGUGCUUUUCGCUUGCAGCACACACCCUCGCGACACCAACAUCAACCAACUACAGCCCAACGAAUAAGAGGACCUCUUUUGAUUGGCAUAAGACAAGUUCAGUAAUCGCAUUCGGAGACUCAUACACCUUUGUCCAAGGCGCCCUCGGCCGCCCAAAUUACACUUUCAUCGGCGACGCCUUCAAUCUUUCCUUCACGCCCUCCCAACUUUUCAGCAACCGCAUCGUGCUGAACCAGACCUCUACAGCACAAGGCACAGCCGAGGGCGGGCCGAAUUGGGUAGAAUUCUUGACAAAAUGUGGGGUUAAAAAAGGGUUGACAGAUCCACAAACUUGUAAGGUGCAGUUAUGGGAUUUUGCGUAUGCGGGCGCAAAUACUGUCAGCAAAGUGGGAUUUACGCCCGCACACUGGAACCAUACUGUGUCUUUCGAGAAACAAGUGCAGCAAUUUGCCCAAUCCGGCAAUCCGGCAUUAGAGGGCAUUGGACUGAAGAAGAAGGACAGUUUGGUGGCGAUAUGGAUUGGAAUCAACGACAUCAACGAUCUAGCCAAACUACGCGGAAAGAACGCGACUUUUGCGCCGCUGUAUGAAACGGUGCAGGGCUAUGUGUUUGAAAGCGUGGAGAAAAUUUACGAGCUGGGAUAUCGGAAUUUCUUGUUCAUGAAUCUGCCGCCGUUGGAUCGUGGUCCUUCGCCGAGCGUCAACGCAUCGCUCGUCAAGCAGUUCAACGCCAUUCAGGCAAGCCAUGUAGAUGCAUUCCAGUCUAAACACCGGGACACUACGGUUCUCGAAUUCGACGUCAACACAGUGCUGAAUAGAGUUCUGGACAACUAUAAGGAUUAUGGCUUCAAAAAUGUAACGAACUUCUGCCCAGGAUACAAUAAACCAGAUAUUCGUAAUAACCCAAGUAAGUAUGGAUGUGGAGAGGGGUUGGAUACAUACUUUUGGUAUGAUUCUGGUCAUUUGGGGAGCAGGACGCAUGAAGUGUUUACCAAGGAGUUGAGGAAGUGGUUGGUGAAGAAGAGUGGGCGGUGGUGAAGUGCGGGCUACGGGGAACUGUGAGGCG